GUGAUCAGGUUAUGGUACUUGCGUAGAAAUUGUUUUCAUUCUGUCGAUCUUUGUAAUAUUUUCUUAAGUGAUAUUCGUCAUUCGCGAGUGACCGCGUAAACGAGAUGUCGUCGAUAAUACAGUUUUCUACGGAACGAAGUUUACACACGGACAUUGAAUUUCUUCGGACGAAUUUGGUAACACUGUAUUGUUGUAUACUAAAAGCGCGGAAUAGUAGUACGUGAAUGUGCUUUGAGGUACUUAUUUAUAAGUAUAUUUUUAAAACUGUGAUUUCUUUUUUUUUCUAUCGACUAAGUUAUUGUAAAUAAUGACCAGUUCGGUUAGUACAAAUCCUUCUACUUUAUUACCUUUAGAAUUGGUGGAUAAAUGUAUUGGAUCGCGAAUACAUAUUAUAAUGAAAAACGAUAAGGAGAUCGUUGGUACUUUGUUAGGAUUUGAUGAUUUUGUAAAUAUGUUGUUGGAGGAUGUGACGGAGAGCGAAGCAACUCCCGAAGGUCGACGAGUUACAAAAUUAGAUCAAAUUCUUUUAAACGGUAGCAACAUUACCAUGCUUGUGCCAGGUGGAGAGAUGCCAGACACAUAAAAUUACGUUUUCUUUUUUCACAUAUUUGAUAUAUAUUAUAUGUAAACACAUUUAUUUAAUAAUGUAUAAAAAUAAGCGACGCGUAUACUCACAAGUAUAGAACAUCAUUUGAUUUAAAUAAAAUCUACUUAUUCAUUAGGA